AUGGACGCGCGUAGCUCUACAGCUGAGGCACCGAGCCGUAUCCUCGAGGAGAAAUCGUCAGAAAUAUUGCCUGUUUUGAAUGGCUCGUCAACAAGGAAUCCAACACACCUUACUAUAGACACAAACACAAGUGCUUUGCGUAGCAGUACCUCGAAUACCCCAGCUACAGCAACCCGCACCCCCAAUAUACAUACAGCUGAGACUGCUCAAUCCCAACAUUUUACGCUGCGUACUCUUCCCGCCUGGAUCCGGUCGGUCGAGGAGCUACCUCAAGAUGAAGACGAAGAAGCUGCUGUAACGGACCAGUUGCUUCCCUCCCAACCCCAUGGCGCCCAUGUUGCCCAGCAUAAUCAUGCUCCUCACGAUAAUUCCGAGUCAAACUACUUUCAAAAUGGCCGCAUUGAAAACGGUCUAUCGCCCACCGGUCAGCGGGAAUCCCGGUGGAGGACGUUUUCUCGCACAAUCCAGUAUCCCCGCGAAGACGAGGGAGAACUCAAAGAAGUGUCUGCAGACUGGAUGAACGAAAAUAUGGGAAACUACUCAGGGCCAUGGCGAGGUAAUGAUCUAGAAGGGGACAGCCCGGAGUAUCCUUUGCACAACACCACGACUAGGCGGGAAAUCUGGUUCAAACGAUUCCACAAUCAGCUUCUCAGAAGCCCGAUUGCGCCCCUCAUUCUGCGACUUACAGUCUGGUUCUUCUCCCUUGCUGCGUUGGCUUUGGGUGGGUCAAUCCAACAUUUUUCAGAUCGGGCCCACUCGCGACAGGGUCCCUCGGCUCUCAUGGCGAUUAUCGUUGAUGCGGUAGCUUUAAUAUACCUUGUCUAUAUUACAUUUGACGAGUAUACAGCAAAACCCUUGGGCCUGCGGUCGCCCUCAGCAAAAGCACGACUUAUAUUGCUUGAUCUAUUUUUCAUCGUUUUCGACUCUGCCAACCUUAGUUUGGCAUUUGAUUCCUUGUCCGAGGUUACAGGAGCUUGCACUGAUGCAGAGGUGAACCAGACAAUUGAUCCUCGGAAUGAAAAAAUAUGCGUGCGGCAAAAAGCCCUUGCAUCUGUCUUACUGGUGGCCUUACUUGCUUGGCUAAUGACAUUUGCAAUUAGCGUUCUGAGACUUGUUGAGAGAGUGCGCCAUUGA